GCCCUCACUCCCCCAGUGCGACACAAUCACGAACGAUGGAGAGUGAGCUGGCAUUGACCACGUCGCGAUAAGUGGUUCAGUGCUCUGUGGCCGAGUACACGUGCUCAGCCCCCGGGCCCUUCAUAAAACCUCCAAUAUCGUUUUGCUCUGGACGGCUCGGCGAGCGCCUAAGAAUCCCACCAGCUCCUCGCUUUGUUAUUUCGCCGUCGCAGAGAUGACAGUAGAAGAAGUAGACCAGGUAGUGAUUGGCGCAGGCUUUGCCGGACUGGCCUCCGCAAAGGCGUCGCUCCAGCUUCACCCGGAGCGGUCGCUGGUGGUCCUCGAGGCCGCCCCCACCGUCGGCGGCGUCUGGGCCGCCCACCGCCUCUUUGACGGGCUGCGCACGAACAACAUGCUGGGCACGUACGAGUACCCCGACUUCCCCAUGGACACGGCCACCUUUGGCGUCAAGCCCGGCGAGCACAUACCCGGCCGCGUGGUGCACAAGUACCUCAACGCCUACGCGGCAAAGUUUGGCGUCGCCGACAAGAUCCGCUGCGGCUGGGACGUCGUCUCGGCCGAGCAUCAGGAGGACGAGGGCGGCUGGCGCCUGACGGUCGCCGCGGCCGGCGGGACCAAAAAGAUCCUGGCCCGGCGGCUCGUGGUGGCCACGGGCCUGACGUCGGAGCCCUUCAUGCCGCACAUCGAGGGCCAGGAGACGUAUGGCAAUCCCAUCUUCCACCGGAUGAGCUCCGAGGAGGACGAGGGACUCCUGACCAAGGCCAAAAACUUUACCGUUUUCGGCGGCACCAAGUCGGCCUGGGAUGCCGUGUACGCUGCGGCGACCAAGGGCGUCCAGGUCGACUGGAUCAUCAGAGAGAGCGGCCAUGGACCGACUUGGAUGGCGCCCCCUUACGUGACACCGCUGAAGAAAUGGCUCGAGAAGCUCGUCGUGACACGCCUCCUCACGUGGUUCAGCCCGUGCAUCUGGGGCGACGCCGACGGCUUUGCGGGCGUGCGGUCGCUCCUGCACGGCACGUGGAUGGGGCGGGCCGUUGUCAACACCUUCUGGGGCAUCCUGGGCGGCGACGUCGUGACGCUCAACAAGUUCGACUCGCACCCGGAGCUGGCCAAGCUCAAGCCGUGGAGCAACCCCAUGUUCGUCGCCAGCUCCUUCUCCAUCCUCAACUACCCGACCGACUUCUUCGAGCUGGUGCGCGCCGGCACCGUGCGCGUCCACAUCGCCGACCUCAAGGGCCUGUCCAAGGGCAAGGUCCACCUGGCCGACGGCACCGCCCUGCCCAGCGACGCGCUGUGCUGCGUGACGGGCUGGAAGCACGUGCCGGCCUUCAAGAUGCUGCCCGAGGGGCUGGACGCCCGCCUGGGGGUGCCGCACCCGGCCGCCGGGUCGCCGCUCGCCAACCCGGCCCGCCUUGGCCGCGCCGACGCCGAGAUUCUGAUGCGCUUCCCGCGCCUGCGCAACCAGCCGGUCCAGAACGCCAAGCUCAAGCCGCUGCUGGAGGAGGGAUCCGGCCUGGACGCCGCCGCGACCGACGUCUCGCGCGGGCCGCAGGACGAGUCCCUGACGGCGUGGGCGCUGCACCGGCUCAUCGCCCCGCCCGACGCGGGCCAGGUGCGGCGCCACCGCGACGUGGCCUUCGCGGGCGUCAUGAUGAACUUUGACGUGCCCAUGGUCUCGCACGUGCAGGCGCUCUGGAUCCAGGCCUACUUCGACGACGCGCUGGCGCCGGGCGUCGUGCCCCGCCGCCUGCCCGAGGACGAGGCCGACGACUACGACGACGAGGACGACGGCGCCGAGGACGCCGAGGUCGAGGCGCUGAAGUACCAGACGGUCUUGCACAGCCGCUUCGGCAAGUGGCGGUACCCGGCCGGCCACGGCGACAAGUUCCCCGACUUUGUCUUCGACGCUCUCCCCUAUAUCGACUGGCUCGUCGGCGACCUGGGCCUCAGGGUCCACCGCAAGAAGAACUUGCUGGCCGAGGCGCUGCAGCCGUACGGGCCCGAGGAUUAUGCCGACCUGUUUUCCGAGUGGGUGGCCAAGAAGCGUGUGUAACAUGGCUCAUUAAGCCCAUGUAAAGUGGUGUUUAGCACUGCAAAAAUUGGGCUACAGCAGGUGGCUGGAGGUCCCUUCCAUUUAGGUGUUGCGGGAACUUGUUUAUUGGGACGCGGCGGGGCAAUAGUUACGUUUGGUGACGUAAUUGAUAGCGAUCAUAUUCCUGAAUUGAAGCUAUUUUUAUCAAAUCGCGAGAAGCUUUCGCCCCGUCGGAACUCGAAGCAAGAGAGGCGUCUGAUUCAAACGUAGAGUAAUUAUAGAUUGAACUGACAAAAUUUAUACCCUGAACCUCAU